AUGAAUAACAAACAAACUCCAAGUAAAGAAUUGAUCCGUUCUAAAGACAGUGAGACUCCACUUAUAAACUCUCCUUUAAAACCAAAACAAGAGAUUUUAGACGAAGAUACUUAUACCGAGGCCUUAAGCGAGAUUAUUAAAAAGGAUUUUUUUCCUUCUCUUUUAACUCUUGAAGCACAGCAUGAUUAUGUGGAUGCCUGGAAUUCAAAUAAUCCCGAUUUAAUCAGAGAUGCUACUCGUAAACUUAACGAAUUAACUACGCCAUCCAGGAAAACGAAUGCUCCAACACCAAAAGGACCAGGAUUGACUCCAGGAUUAACUACUUCACAAGGAGGAUGGGAUACACCUGUAUCCACCCAAAAUACACAAGCGAGGAUAAUGCUUCAUAUCCUUAAACUAAUGCACAAAGCUAAUGAGCAAAGAAAAGAAAAAUAUAAAUGGAUGUAUGAUAAAGAAAAAGAUCCAUUAUUGCUUGAAGAUAAUAAUGAUAAACCAAAGUUAAUUGAAGGUGCUUCUCAAGACAAGCCUGCUGAAAUUGAUUCUUGGAAAUAUAAAGUACGAAAUUCAUUAAUGUUUUAUCCUGAAGGCCAAGACCAAGUUCCUGAAGAGAAUUCAAGAAGAGCUCCAAAACAGAUAGUCCACAAUGCUACGAGAUUCGAAUCAACAGACGAAGCUACAAUUUACAAUCAUGCUGCCGCAACAGCUGCUGCUGUUGGACUUAACUUAGAUUCGACUCCAAAUGAAAGUGCUUCUCAUACUCCUCGCGUUGGUGGUUAUAGUUUCGUUUCUGCUACACCAUCUCCCAAUCCUUCACAAAUUGACACCUCAGAGCUUAUGACCUGGGGUAUGAUUGAAGGAAGCCCUUUGUUGAUCGGAGGAGAUCAAACACCAGGACCCUCUUUUCAACUGCCGCCAACCCCUCGAAGAGAAAUUAUUGGAAUGAAUCUUUCAAGCAAUGCAUCCAGAAGUAUUCGUAAACGUAAUUCAUCAAUGAAGUCACCACGAACUCUACACAGUCCAAUUUCAAGGAUGGCUAGUCCCAGAGUACGCGCGUCUUUAUUAUCACCUGCAGCGCGUAAAUUACUACAUAAAUCGGGUUUCCCUUAUGUCAAGCAAAAAGGGACCUAG